AUGGACAGUUACACGCUGUACCCACCCAACAGCCAGUCCUUCAGCGAUGAUGUGAUUGGUAGUGUCGUACAGCGUGGCUGGCUGUUCAAUGAGUGCACGCAAGGCGAAGAUGGCGACUAUUUCACCUACCACAAAGACUCACACCCUUCGUCGUACUCGCUGAACAGAAAAGCAUACAAUAUACAUGAUCGACGUAUCAUAUCUAUCGCAACUAUACAAGCACCGAUCGUGGAGAAAAACGUGAUUAACUCGACUGUGAAAGGAGAAGAGCGUCAACGUGAUUUGCGUCGAAUGCGACAGUCUUUCGCUUCGGAGCUCGCCAGUCGUCUGGAAAGUCCUCGUCAGACUCUGUGA